AUGAACACGUACAAAAAAUCCCCGGGGGUUCUGGGGAUCUCGUACGCCCCGGAGAGCGGCGACAAGCACACGAUUGAUCUCUUUGUUGAUGUGGACAACAGCUCCGCGGGCAAGGAAGUCGAGAAAAUAAUCACGUCCUCUGACGCAGUUAAAUCCCUAAGACACAUCCAAGACGGCACCAUAAGACAAUACAUCGUGCCAUUUGACCAGCCUCAGCCAUUGAGGACACUCAACACCGCGGGCGACACCGAGCUAGCCAUCUUCUACUUGCUUCCCGGUGCAAGUCCGCAGAAUCUGACGGACUUCGAGUCGGCGUUCGGAACGCUCAAAUCAGCCGUGGAGUCGGCGUCGGGGGAACUCUACGCCACUAGUGGAUGGCACCAGGGGAAGGCUGUCAACCCCACUAUCAGGGUCGAUGUGUCCGCCUAUGUUGCUCUCGUGGGCUGGGACUCACUCGCUACUCACCAGACUUUUCAGACUACGGACGCUUUUGUUUUGUGA